CAUUCUAUCAUGGCAAGGGAUUUAAGGGUCUCCAUAAAUCAGGACUUAGAGGUUGAUAUAACACCCAGAAAACCCAAAAAGUUACCAAAACAAGCUCGAGAGGAUCCAACACUAACUAUUGACCGUACACAUCUCCUGUCUGAGCACAAGAAGACAAGGCAGCGGUAUAUGGAAAAGGAUGGUAAGUGCAAUGUACACCAUGGCAAUGUCAAGGAAACCUACCGGUACUUUAGUGAUUUGUUUACUACCCUAGUGGAUCUCAAGUGGCACUUUAGCUUGUUUAUCUUUACGCUUGUGUUCAAUGUCACUUGGCUUUUCUUUGGCCUUAUCUGGUGGCUCGUUGCUUAUAUCCGAGGAGAUCUGGAUCACUUGGGCGACAAAAAUUGGGUUCCAUGUGUAGAAAAUCUUAAUGGUUUUGUGUCUGCGUUUCUCUUUUCUAUUGAAACCGAGACUACAAUUGGUUAUGGCUAUCGGGUGAUAACAGAGAAAUGCCCUGAAGGAAUCGUUCUGCUUUUAGUUCAAGCAAUAUUAGGCUCCAUUGUUAAUGCCUUGAUGGUAGGCUGCAUGUUUGUAAAGGUUAUCCUAGAGGGCAUGGUGGAAGAAACUGGUAAGUAAUCUUUAUAGUAAAAAUACUGUAUGGCCAAUUUUGACAUUGAUAUUGAAAUAUAGGAAGUCUUAAUAUAAUGUAUCCAAAGAAAUAAUAAUUAUUUGUGAGAAAGAUAAUUGUAGACUGAUUGUAUUAUUAUUUAUUUCAACAUUCUCCUCUUUUGAGACAGUAUUAUCAUGAA